GGCCAAUGGUAACGUUCACAUCCUAAAAAUACUCACAUCUCACAUGUAGGUGGGGAUUAACUAUUCCCUAAGGAAACAAUGUCUCACAUGAGUCUCGUCAGUUCACAUUAACUCGAAACUCGUAACUUUUCUCGACUUCGCAACUGCCUCCGCCCACGCAGAAUCUGCAAAGCAAUCAGAAAUAUUCAAUUGCAGUUCAAACAUUAAGGAAUUUAGAAAAUUCUCAAAAUUCUUUCACAAUUAAAUUCUUAAACAGUUCAAAUGGAUCGAAGUAGCGAAGAUUUUUCGAUGCCUCGGGGCACCGAGCAACGUCUGAGGAGCCCCAAAUGCGCGAGAUGCAGAAAUCACGGGAUAAUUUCGGGCUUGAAAGGACACAAGAGAUCGUGUGCGUGGAAGGACUGUCGUUGUGCGUGUUGUCUUCUUGUUGUGGAGAGGCAGAGGGUGAUGGCAGCUCAGGUGGCCCUGCGAAGACAGCAGCAGGCGCAGGGGGCAAUCGGAAAUGAUGGAAUGGGCCAAGAAGAGGCUUAUCAGCAGCCAGCGGUGCCCAGUGCACGAGAGAGUGCCGCCGCUUACCAGAGAAGGCUCAGGAACUUUCAGAGACAUCAUCAGCUCCAGGUGACACAAACCAGAAUCAGUGUCACUCAGAAUUUUCAGAGCUUAGAAGGACAUCAUAUCUCGACUCCUCUCAUUCCAAAUGGACACCUACUUGGCCUAUCAUGUGUCGAGCGAGAGGAAAAAAAAACUCCCAGUGCCACCGUUGAUCUUCAAACGUUCUACCCAUCCUAUGUUACUCAUCCCGCCUUACCCUGGAUGAACUAUUUUCCAGAGACCAAUGCCGAUUUCACCAGUCCAGGUUUUAGUUCUUCUGAUCAUUUUGAUGAACAUUCUGAUAGUCAUUCCGAUGAUAACACGAAAAAACCGAGAAUUUCUUUCAGUGUUGAGUCGAUAAUUGGUUCGAAAUGAAUUUCAGACGAUAAAAAAAGUCUAUUUUAUAACAAAAAUCAUAAAAUGAAUAAAAAAAUGGAUAAAAUUGAAACAAUCGUACAGAAC